AUGGCGGAAGCAAUGCCGGAUCGCAAAGGUUCCGCCACUGGCAUCAAGGAUGCGGAGCGACGAUACCCGAUCUCGUGGUCUGGGCUUAGUCAUACAGUCUCGUUGCGGGGUGGUAGGAGUAAGACAAUUGUAAGCAAUGUGUCUGGUCAUUGCGACCCAGGACAAAUGAUGGCCAUCAUGGGACCCUCGGGAUGCGGCAAGACAUCGUUGCUUGACCUCUUGGGCGGUCGUGUGGGCAGCGGCACCACCUCGGGCGAGAUUCUGAUCGGCUGCAAGCAGCACCCCGCUAACAUCCGCAAGGUCGUCAGUUACGUUACGCAGGAGGAUUCGCUCCUGACUUGCUUCACCGUGCGCGAGACGCUGCGAUACGCCUCGCGGCUCGCUGCGAUCCCCUCGAAGGCCAGAGAGGAGGCAAUCCAGCAGGUCAUCGUGCAGAUGGGACUGCUGGUUUGCGCCGACACCCGCGUCGGAGACCCGCUGAUCAAAGGCAUCUCGGGUGGCCAGAAGCGCCGUCUGAGCAUCGCCAUCGAACUGUUGCAUCGGUCCCCCAUCCUCUUGCUGGACGAGCCGACGUCGGGCCUGGACUCCACGGCCGCCAUGCAGGUGAUCGAGCAUUUGCGCGAUGUCGCGCAGAAGGGCCACACCGUUGUCAUGAGCAUUCACCAGGCGAGCUCCAGGGCAUACGGUCUCUUCGACUCGCUGUGCCUGCUGUCGAAGGGCCAACAGGUCUACUUCGGCCCCACGACCGACGUCGCCAUCGAGCACUUUGCCGCGCAGGGCCACGAGUGCCCGCGGUAUUCCAACCCUGCGGAGUUCUUCCUCGACGUCAUCAACACCGACUUCGGGGCAGAGAACGGCGGGGCGAGGCUGGAGGGCCUUGUCAGGGCCUUCGAAAAGUCCGAGCUGGCGAGCUCCAUGCGGGAGGCCCUGAGACAGCCAGAGAUCCCGCAGGAUGGCGGGGUCUCCAGGGAGAGCGCAGGCCCGUGCCGCCAGUUUGCCGUCCUGUUGCUGCGGAUGCUGCACAUGAACUGGAAGAAUCCGUACAUAUUCGGUGUGCGCCUGGCCAUGUACAUCGCGCUUGCGUUCAUGGUCGGAACCAUGUACUACGACGUGGGUGAGGUGGCCCGUGGAGGUGAGCCUGUUGCCGCUGCAGCCGCGGCCACCUCGCUCCUGGCUCUGCUGUUCUACGUGCAGGCAUUUCUCGUCUUCAUGUCCGUCGCGAUCCUCCCGUUCUUCCUCGAGAUUAGGGACGUCUUCCGGCGGGAGCGAGCCAACGGACAGAUCACUUGUCUGCCGUACGUGCUCGCCGACUUCCUCGCCGGACUCCCCGGCGUACGCUCAUUGCUCUGA